GCAACUUAUUUUAGUGUCAGAGAGAAAGAGAGAGUGAGAGGAAGAGAUAAAUAAUUAAAGAUCUCUGUAAUCAUUCACGAACUCUGUUCUCCAUCUCCACCUGCCAGAACCGUGUCUGCAUUGGUCGCCAGGUUGCUCUUUUUUUCUCAGAAGGUUUCAUAAUUGUGAAAAGAAUGAAGAAACAGAUUUUCAUACCAUGGUGGUUUGGAAUCAAGACUAUGCAACUCUGCUUCUUGCUGGCUAGUUCUUCUGAUGACAACAUGUCAGAUAGUGGUGCGGUUAAGCUAAAUGCAGAAGAUCCACAGCAACUGGUCAUUGACAAUGGCAUCGUCCAACUCACUCUGUCUACACCCCAAGGCUAUGUUAUUGGAAUCUCAUACCAUGGAAUCGAUAACGUCCUCGAAUCUCGUCACGCACUACAUGACAGAGGGUAUUUUGAUGUUGUUUGGAAUGAACCAGGAAAGAAUAGUAUUGCUCAAAGAAUCAAUGGGACCCAUUUUUCAAUUGUAGCAUCGGACGAGAGCCAAGUGGAGGUUUCGUUUGUAAGAACGUGGACUUCGUCCAUGGAAGGCACUGAUGUGCCCUUUAACAUAGACCAAAGGUAUGUAUUGAGACGAGGAAGCUCUGGAUUUUACCAUUAUAUGAUAUUCAAGCGUCCUCAAGGAUUUCCUGCUGUGGAGGUUGAUCAAUUUAGGACUGUCUACAAACUCCAAGAGCACAGGUUUCAUUAUAUGGCUAUAUCAGACAACAGGCAAAGAUUCAUGCCUACCAUGGAAGAUAGAGAGAGCGGGCAAGUCCUAGCUUAUCCUGAAGCUGUUCUCUUGACCCAGCCAUCCAACAAAGACUUUAAAGGAGAGGUGGACGACAAAUAUCAGUACUCUUGUGAGAACAAAGACAACAGAGUCCAUGGUUGGAUUAGUUUUGAUCCUGAUGCACCUGUAGGCUUCUGGAUGAUAACACCUAGCAACGAGUUUCGCAAUGGUGGCCCCACUAAGCAAGACCUCACCUCUCACGUGGGCCCCAUUACCCUUUCGAUGUUUGUGAGCACUCACUAUGCUGGGAAAGAGGUAAGGAUGGCAUUCCAAGAAGGGGAGACCUAUAAGAAGGUUUUUGGCCCUGUUUUUGUGUAUCUUAACUCUCUUUCAGGCAACAAGGAUCCACGGACGCUUUGGCCAGAUGCAGUGCAACAGAUGUAUAAGGAAGCCCAAAGCUGGCCUCAUGAUUUCCCACAGUCACGAGACUUCAUUCAAUCCACUCAACGUGGAAGGGUGGUUGGAAGAUUACUAGUACAAGAUCGGUAUAUCAGAGGAGGAAAACUUCUAUAUGCUAAAUCUGCUUAUGUUGGUCUAGCUCUACCCGGUGAUGAAGGAUCGUGGCAAAGAGAAAGCAAGGGCUAUCAGUUUUGGACAGAAGCUGAUAACAAGGGCUAUUUCAUGAUUAAGAAUGUGAUACCAGGGCACUACAACUUGUUUGCAUGGGUUCCUGGCUUUAUUGGUGAUUACAAAUAUAAUAAUAUAAUCACUAUCACGCCAGGGUGUUUAAUCAAAUUGGAUUCACUCGUAUUUAGUCCUCCAAGAAAUGGUCCUACCCUUUGGGAAAUUGGAGUUCCAGAUCGCUCAGCCGCAGAAUUCUUUAUCCCAGACCCCAACCCUAAAUUCAUCAACAAAUUAUACAAUAAACAGCCUAAAGACAAGUUUAGGCAAUAUGGACUAUGGGAAAGUUAUGCUGAUUUAUAUCCACAUAAUGAUCUAGUUUACACUGUUGGUGUUGAUAAGUAUGAUCGAGACUGGUUUUUUGCUCAUGUUACAAGGAGAAUAGGAAAUGGAGUAUACCAACCAACGACAUGGCAAAUUAUAUUUGAACUUGAAAAUGAUGCAUUCCGUGGAAGUUAUACUCUACAAUUAGCCCUAGCAUCUGCCACGCAUUCUCAAUUGCAGGUUUGGCUGAAUGAACAAGGCGAUAAUCGUGGCGUAUUUGAAAGAGUAGAUAUAGGAGGAGAUAAUGCAAUAGCAAGGCAUGGAAUCCAUGGAUUAUAUUGGCUGUUCAGCAUUGAUGUUCCGAGCGAUCGUUUAGUGAAAGGGAAAAAUAUUUUCUACUUUAGACAGUCAAAUGCCACUAAUCCUUUUCAGGGCCUCAUGUAUGACUAUAUGCGUUUAGAAAGACCUCCAACUCUCUAAGGGUUUGAUUAUUGAGUUCACACACAAUAAAUCAAUAAUUACAUGUACUGUGCUUUGAUUCUCAGUUUCA